UAGCAACAGACCCUUCCACCAUGUUCGCUCUGCUGUCUAUUCUGCUGACGCUGCAGCUCGUAGUCAGUGACGACUACCACGACACGUUAGAUGGUAUAGUGUUCGAGGAGUACAGCACAGAGCAGCUGCGAGACUUCCUGCACUGCAUCCUGGAUAAGGGACCCUGUAGUGACGUCGUUGCUAGUUAUAAGAAACACUACCCAGACGUGGUACUCGAGGAGUGUGUCCGCUGCAGCAAAUGCCAGAAGCACAUGGCAGUUGUGCUGUUCGACCGCAUGAGAGCUGAGCUGCCUGAUCUGUACCGGGAGUACAGAGCCAAGUUCGACCCUGAUGAUGUGCAUUUUGACAACAUGUACAAGAGGGUGAUGGAGGAGAGAGAUAGCUCUUAUUGUUGAAGAUGAUAAGAGCUGUAUUC